UCGAUUGCCAGUUUAUCUGGCUGUUCGUCUGCUUGUCCGUCCAGAUACGCGUCCAUUAAGGUGUAGCUGUCGUUUUUGUAUUUGGCCUGCUGCUUGCUAGCCUCUUCCGGACUGGAUUUUCGGAUUAAGUUUUUGUUUACUUUAAGAGAUUUUUUAGUUUGUUUGCACACCUCAGAGCUAUCAGUUCGUCGUUAUCCAAUUCGUCGUAUUCGUUCGAUUUGUGCACCAGAAAUUAACCGCUGAGCCUUUGUUUCCAAAUUUCAACACCCAGCAUUUGUUUUAAUUGUUUAAUUUCAAUUUGUAAAAUUGUGCACUUUGAUCGUUAGUGAUUUUCGUUGGUAAACAAGAAUAUUUGAAACCAAUCACUUCACUUGUUUGUGUGUUUGUAAAAUACUGUGGUUUUUAUUGCGGUUAUAAAAUCAUUUCUAUAAAAAUUUGUCUCGCACUUUUCACACCACGCGCCAGUGAAUAUUUUUAAAUACAUUUGUGUGUGUAGUGUGAACGAAUUCAAAAAAUUAAUUAAACCAAAUGAAAUAAAUUAAGAAGGCAGUAGCAAAACAAUAAACCUGCAAAGAGUAAAGUUUAUUACCCUAAAACGAUUUAAGUAAAAUAUCGCAUGCGACAAUGGGCAUAUUAAUGAUUGCAAAUGACGACAACAACGCUUCUCCCAUAACACCACAAUCUUCGCGCAGUGGCCAUCACUCCCAAUUGCACUGCCAAUUGCCACCACGUCAAGCCUACAGUAACCAUUUGCCAUUUGGCCAGUCAACGGCGACACAACAACAACUGCCUACAAAAAUGUAUCACUCCAGUGCCGGCUAUCCAGACCUGACGGGCGGUGCGGCUGGUAACGGCGGCUACCACCACCAACAGGCCAUGAAUGCGCCCGUUUAUGUGCCCUCCAACCGCGCACUUACCCAAAGCCAAUACAAUCACGUGGCCACACACUUUGGCACCGCCGCUGCACAGAACGCCUGGACAACAGAUAGUUUUGGUACUGCCCAUGCCCAACUACCAGCGCAAUUCUACACUAUGGGCUCUUGGCGCGCCGCCUACGAUCCCACCGGCUUUCAGCGCUCGUCGCCCUAUGAGAGUGCAAUCGAUUUUCAAUUUGGCGAAGGGCGCGAGUGCGUCAAUUGUGGCGCGAUUAGUACACCACUGUGGCGACGUGAUGGCACCGGCCAUUAUCUGUGCAACGCUUGCGGUCUCUAUCAUAAAAUGAACGGCAUGAAUCGACCGCUGAUCAAGCCGAGCAAGCGAUUGAUUUUAUCCUUGCAGACGGCCACAAGACGGCUGGGACUGUGCUGCACCAAUUGCGGCACGCGCACCACAACGCUUUGGCGUCGCAAUAAUGAGGGUGAGCCGGUGUGCAAUGCUUGCGGACUGUAUUUCAAGUUGCAUGGCGUUAAUCGACCAUUGGCUAUGCGAAAGGAUGGCAUCCAAACGCGCAAGCGGAAACCGAAAAAGUCCAACAGUUCGACGGACGUCUCGAAAGACGGUAAAGACGAAGAUUUGAAAUCUUCUCUUGCAUUGGAACGACACAGUUUACCUUCUUCCGUUGCGCUCUCCGCCAAACUGCAGACCGAUCUGGCACUUAAAAGCAAUAGCAGUCUCAACACCGCACUAGCCAGCGGCAGUGGCAGUGUUAGCAACAACAACUCCUUACACAAUCUCAGCCUCAGCGCCAUAUCUGCUACGCCAACCUCCGGUGGUGGGUCGUUCAGUCAUCACAUGCAUUUGCCGUCCGCUGCCACGCAACAAUCCCGCCAUUCCGCCAUCUCACACACACAUUCGCAUGCGCAUGCGCUCUCUUCUGCCGGCAGCACCUCCACCGUGCACUCAGCCUCUACUGCCUCGUCGCUCAGCUCCAAUCUGUAUUCGCCGCAAAGUAAUGCGAGCAGCUCGCAACUCUCUGCCUCCACAUUCGGCUCGCACGGCAUCUCAAAGUAUGAGCAUCUGCUUUCCUCCAGUGGCAGUGGUGGCGGCGGUGGCGGUGCCGGUGGCAAUAUUGGAAAUCUCAACAACUCCCCCGCCAACGCUGUAUCACUAUCGAAUGGCAUAUCGGCCAGCACGCCCAGCCCCAGUUAUCAUCAUCACACAGCCGCAGCGGCGGCGCAUCUUCAUCACCAUCAUCAUCAUCAUCAUGCUGCGGCGGCGGCACACCAUGCAGCCUCACACCACACAGCAGCCGCGUUGGGCCAACACAGCGGCAGUUCUCACAUCGGCAGCGGCUCUGGUGAUGGCAGCGUAGGUGUGGGUGGUUACAGCGUCAAAUCGGAAGCGAACGCCACCAACUACGACUAUGUGAGUAACUGUUACUUUAGCGGCUCGUUUCCGCCGCUGAGCGCUUCUUCGGCCGCAGCUGCUACCGGUGGCAGCAUGGGCAUGGGUAUGGGCGUGGGUGUGGGUAUGGGUGUUGGAAUGCAUGGCAUGCACGGUUCGGCCAGCGAACUGGCUGGUUAUCACCAUCAGCACAACGUCAUACAGGCGGCUAAGCUGAUGGCCACUUCGUAAAUGUAAAUAUCGACUGACUGGCUUCUCAGCAGAGAAGACUCUCCAAAGUGUUCAACAAAGAAUACUUUGUAAUUAAAUGUUCGUUGAAUAUCAUUGCACGAAAAUCAUUUAACGAACCAAAAUCAUUUAUGUAUGUGCGUGUAAAAAUUUACUAACUAAAAACAAAGCGAUCUACAAACUGUAAAGAUAUUAGCGUUGUGCUUUAAAAUAAAAUUUGCCUGUGUGGUAUUCAAGUGUCUCAUUCCAACGAGCUUUUUAUCGUAGUAAGAUAUGUAAAUGUUUUCAAAUAUUUACUCAGCAUCUCUUUAGUUAUAAUUUUAAAAGUCUGUAAUCAAAAUGUAUUCAGGAAAGGUCUGUAGGGGCUUUUCUUAAAUGGAAUAAAUGCAUAACUAAAAUAAAUAUAAAUAAAUAUAAGUAGAGUUUAAAAUGCAAAUUAGAUGUCAGUAGAUUAAUUUAAGAAUAUGAAACUAUGUAACAAAUAGCA